AUGGCACGCACUUCGGUGAUGGCAGCAGCGGCCAUGCUCUUUGCACCGCUCUGCUUCGUUGCGCCUGGUCCUUUUCAAGUGGCUCCUGUUGUGCGGCAGGCAAGAUCCAGCGGCAGCGCGCACCAGCGAGCACCCGCGAUGUCGGCAGCCUUGUGUUUGAGCGCAGCCAUGGGAGCAGCAUUCCUGAGAAAGGACUCGGGCAAGGCCACCCAGGCUUCGAAGACAACACGACGCUACACGACCCAGACCAUCGUCCCAAGUUUGCAGUGGCUCAAGACUGGACUUCGAGGCAACGAGUUGCAACCGGGCGAACUGAGGGCUUACGGAAUUGCCGGGUGCGAUGUGUGCGUUGGUAAGACGCAAGACGGAAAGCUCUUCGCUGUUGGAGACAAGGCCCCUCCCACCGGCACAUCCUUGAGUGUGGGUGCUGAGGUUCAGGGAAGUAAGAUCUUGGAUGGACAGUUCGGAAACGUCUUUGAUUGCUUCACUGGCCAGCCGGAGGGGGAUUGGUGCCCUUCGCCGCCGGGCAUCGGCAAGUUCGUCGCCUGGUUCAUCGGACGGAAGGAGGCACUUCCAACGUUCGAGAUUCGCGAGGCCUUCCUCUCCGGUGACAUCGAGGUCAUGGUCGACACCAAUGCAAAGGCUGCUUACGAAAGCUGGUACUGGAAGGGUCUCCUGGAUGCCCAGGGCAAGGAUGAUGGAACUUAUUACUAG